AUGCGUGUAGGGCUGAGCUGUGAAAGACCUGUCUCUCUCUAUCUCUCUCUAAUAAUUCUCUCUUCACUGUUGUUUUCUAGCUUCUUGUUAUCAUUUUACCCUUCGUCAUCUUUCAAAAUCUCUCACUAUCUGCCAUUCCACACUCAAAUGUAUGGGUUCUUUGAAGCAAUGAAGACGAAGAAGAUGGCUCAGAUCUACCUUCUUUAUUUCACCUUCUUGUUUUUCACUAGUCUCUCUCACUCUUAUUCACUCACUAGUUCCAACAGCGAUCUUUCAGACAAACAAGUCCAUCUGAUCCGACAGCGACAGCUUCUCUACUACCGCGACGACUUCGGCGACCGUGGCGAGAACGUUGUCGUUGACCCAUCUCUCGUCUUCGAGAACCCACGUCUUCGAAGUGCUUACAUAGCUCUUCAAGCUUGGAAACAAGCCAUUCUCUCUGAUCCAAACAACUUCACCACCAACUGGAUCGGCUCCGAUGUAUGCAGCUACACCGGAGUUUACUGUGCUCCGGCGCUGGACAAUCCCAGGAUCCGUACAGUCGCCGGGAUAGAUCUCAACCAUGCUGACAUUGCUGGAUACUUGCCUCAAGAGCUUGGUUUGUUAACGGAUCUUGCUCUGUUCCAUGUUAACUCGAACCGGUUUUGUGGAACCGUACCUCAUCGGUUUAACCGGCUAAAGCUUCUUUUCGAGCUUGAUCUCAGUAAUAACCGGUUCGCCGGUAAAUUUCCCGCGGUUAUCCUUCAGUUACCGUCGUUGAAGUUUCUGGAUCUACGGUUUAACGAGUUUGAAGGACCUGUACCGAGAGAGCUCUUCAGCAAAGAUCUAGAUGCGAUUUUCAUUAACCAUAACCGGUUCCGGUUCGAGUUACCGGAUAACUUGGGAGAUUCACCGGUUUCCGUCAUCGUCGUGGCGAACAAUCAGUUCCACGGGUGUAUCCCGACGAGUUUAGGCGACAUGAGGAACUUGGAAGAGAUCAUCUUCAUGAACAAUGGGUUUAACUCUUGCUUGCCGUCGGAGAUCGGACGGUUGAAAAACGUCACCGUGUUUGACUUCAGUUACAACGAGCUGGUGGGGCCCUUGCCGGCGAGUACCGGCGGGAUGGUUUCGUUGGAACAGUUAAAUGUGGCGCAUAAUAGAUUCUCCGGCCAGAUUCCGGCGAGUAUUUGUCAGUUGCCGAGACUUGAGAACUUUAACUUCAGCUACAAUUUCUUCACCGGAGAGCCGCCGGUUUGUAUCGGCGUGCCUGGGGUUGAUGAUCAGCGUAACUGUUUACCGGCGAGACCUGCUCAGAGAUCUCCGGGGCAAUGUGCGGCUUUCUUGGCUCUGCCGCCGGUGAAUUGCGCGGCGUUUGGAUGUGGGCGCUCUGUUAGUCCUAGUCCUCGGCCUCCGGUUGUAGUUCCGUCACCGCCGACAACACCAUCUCCUGGCGGUUCUCCUCCUUCGCCGUCUAUUUCGCCAGCUAGUCCUCCGAUCUUUGUGCCUCCGUCUCCCAUUUCUCCAGUUCCUGGUCCUAUUUCGCCGUCUAGUCCUCCGUCAACUCCACCGUCACCAGGUUCUCAGUCACCGCCUGGUUCUCCUAGUCCUCCCGGUGUAGUACCAUUUCCUCCUCCUCCAUCAUCGCCGCCAUCUAUAAGUCACUCUCCCCCAUCACCGCCGCCGACCGGGUUUUCUCCUCCUUCACCACCACCACCACCACCACCGUCGACAGGUUAUUCUCCUCCAUCGCCGCCGCCGUCGACAGGGUUUUCUCCCCCAUCACCGCCACCAUCGACAGGUUAUUCUCCUCCGUCACCACCGCCAUCGACAGGCUACUCUCCUCCGUCACCGCCGCCGUCGACAGGCUACUCUCCUCCGUCACCACCGCCGUCGACAGGUUACUCUCCUCCAUCACCACCGCCACCGUCGACAGGAUUUUCUCCUCCAUCACCACCGCCACCGUCAACAGGUUACUCUCCUCCAUCACCUCCGCCGUCAACAGGUUACUCUCCUCCAUCACCCCCGUCACCAACAUAUUCUCCGUCAUCACCACCUCCGCCGCCAACAUACUCCCCACCGCAGCCAUCUCCAUCACAGCCACCACAAUCUCCAAUUUACUGCACUCACCCUCCUCCCCCACCGCCAGUCCCUUACUACUACAGCUCACCCCCUCCGCCGCCACAUUACUCGUUACCUCCACCACCGCACUCACCACCACCUCCACCGGUUUAUCACUAUCCAUCCCCACCACCUCCACCAACGCCAGUAUAUUCUCCUCCUCCACCUUGCAUAGAACACUCACCGCCACCGCCUCCGACCGUGCAUUACACUCCUCCGCCAUCACCUGUUUACUACAACUCACCUACGCCACCGCCGACCGUCCACUAUAGUCCGCCGCCAUCUUCGCCACCUCCGCCGGUGAUUCACCAUAGCCCACCACCGCCACCUCCUGGUUACGAGGGACCACUACCUCCGAUUCCCGGAGUAUCAUACGCUUCUCCUCCACCGCCUCCCUUCUAUUGAUUAUUUUCAGCCUUAUUCUCGCGUGGGUCCCAUCAGUUAUGCCAAAACCCGUAACUGAAAACGUUUUCGUUUCACAUCGAAGGAUAUAUAUGUACACGGCUUCGCUUAUACCAUUUCUUUCAUGUGUGAUGACUGAUAAAGAUCGGCAGGAGGAAAACUAUUAAGAAGAUGAAAUUAGGAGUUUCGGGUGAGAAAAUUAUGUAUAAGAGAAAUUAUUACAAAAUGGAGCAACUCAUCUUUAUGCUCAUUAGUCUUGUUAACAAUAAAUAUCAUUGUUGCUUAAAUUGUUUUGUAUUUUUGUCUUAUAUAUUAAACUAUCUUUUUUGAAAUUUCUUUUUUAUCAUAUGCGUAUUUAUAAUAGAAAUUCGCACUUCUAAUUUAUAUCUUAGUUACAUGAAACUUGUGUGUAAUAAAAUAAUUAGUGGGGGAUGAUGUAUGUGCA